AAAUAUUUUUUAUAGAGCAAUACCACAAUGCAACACUGAAACGAACAUUACACGAAAAAUAAAAUUUUUGUCGAUUUAUUGCAAAAAAAAUUGUAUACUUUUUCCUGAAAAUUUAAUAAAAAUAUUUAAGUUAAAAAAGUGUUACAAAGGAAUUGUUAAUGGAAAUGUGGUGAAUAACGACACGAUUAGGGAACUAAAUUUAACAAACAUAAACGUUGAUUAGAAAAAAGUGAAAAUUUUUUUCGCAAACUUGAAAAAAAGUCUGCAAAGAGAGUGAAAAGAAGAACAAGUAAAAAAGAUUUGCAGAGAAUACCAUUUUUUCUUAUUGGAUUUUAAUAAAAAAAAUUAAGCCCAGAACAAGUUAUUAAGUUUGUAAAAUUUUUAAAGCUAAAAAAAUUUUCUACUUGGAAAAAAUUUAAAGGAUUUCUUAAAAGUAUUUGAGAUAAAAUAAUAAAUAUUUAUUAAACAUUGAAUACACAUAGCUAUUGUUAAAAAAAGCAAAAAAAAAAAAAGAAAGAAAACGAAAGGUGUGGAGGGGAGAGUGAUAGAAAAAAGCGAAGAAGAAUAAAAUUGAAAAGGAAAGAAAGGUGGAGUUAAAAGGAGAAUUGAACGAAAAGAAAAAAUAAGGAGGUGUAGUUAAAGUUGUUGAAUUUUUGUGCUUGUUGUGAAAGGGUUUAAAUAGAAAGGAACAAAAAAUCCUCAAACAUGUCUUCGAAUAGUCAAGCAACAGCCGCUACCGGCAACCAACAAUCAUCUGCUGCCUCUGGUACAACAUCAGGUACAGCUUCUGGUUCCGCCGAACAACAGCCAUCGUCGGCUGGCAGCCAAUCUAAUCAGGACAGCCCUACUCGCAGUAGCCUAAGACCUGCUAUAAAUACUACGGAUCGUGUUGUAGACAGUGUGCCAUUUCCUCCUAGCCAUAAGCUUACCAUGUCUGAAGUAUUCCCAGAUCCCCGAUCGGGAAAACCGAACCAUGAAUUACUCAAACAACACUUUAUUCUUGAAGGUCGCAUAGAAGAACCACCCGCCCUGCGCAUUAUCCAAGAGGGCGCCGCCUUAUUGCGCCAGGAAAAGACCAUGAUUGAUAUAGAAGCGCCCGUUACAGUGUGUGGCGAUAUUCAUGGCCAGUUCUAUGAUCUAAUGAAACUAUUCGAAGUCGGUGGCUCACCAGCCACUACUAAAUACCUCUUUUUGGGUGACUACGUCGAUCGAGGAUAUUUCAGUAUUGAGUGCGUACUUUAUUUAUGGUCUCUAAAGAUUACUUAUCCCAACACUCUAUUCUUAUUGCGUGGCAAUCACGAGUGUCGUCAUUUAACCGAAUACUUUACAUUUAAACAAGAGUGCAAGAUUAAGUACUCGGAACGUGUUUACGAUGCUUGUAUGGAGGCCUUUGACUGUUUGCCAUUGGCGGCCCUAAUGAACCAACAGUUCCUGUGUGUUCAUGGAGGCCUUUCGCCAGAAAUACACGAAUUGGAUGAUAUUAGACGACUGGAUCGUUUUAAAGAACCUCCAGCUUUUGGACCUAUGUGCGAUUUGCUGUGGUCAGAUCCGCUGGAAGACUUUGGAAAUGAAAAGAAUUCAGAUUUUUAUACGCACAACUCAGUACGUGGUUGUUCGUAUUUCUACAGCUAUGCGGCCUGUUGUGACUUCCUGCAGAAUAACAAUCUACUUUCGAUAAUACGUGCCCAUGAGGCUCAAGAUGCUGGCUAUCGUAUGUAUCGUAAGAGUCAAACCACCGGUUUCCCCUCGCUUAUAACCAUAUUCUCGGCACCAAAUUAUCUUGAUGUAUACAAUAAUAAAGCGGCCGUUCUCAAAUAUGAAAACAACGUCAUGAACAUACGUCAGUUUAACUGUUCGCCCCACCCCUAUUGGCUUCCCAAUUUCAUGGAUGUAUUCACUUGGUCCUUGCCUUUUGUGGGCGAAAAGGUUACCGAAAUGCUCGUGAACGUUCUCAACAUCUGCUCUGAUGACGAACUAAUGACCGAAGAAAGCGAAGAACCUCUAUCCGACGAUGAGGCAGCACUGCGAAAAGAAGUUAUACGCAACAAAAUACGAGCAAUUGGAAAAAUGGCUCGUGUCUUCUCGGUGUUGCGAGAAGAAUCCGAGUCCGUAUUACAACUUAAGGGUCUUACUCCAACCGGUGCCCUGCCUUUGGGUGCUCUAUCGGGUGGCAAGCAGUCAUUGAAAAAUGCCAUGCAAGGUUUUUCUCCCAAUCACAAAAUCACCUCAUUUGCCGAAGCUAAGGGUCUCGACGCUGUCAACGAACGUAUGCCACCCAGACGUGAUCAACCACCAACGCCUACCAGCGAUGAACAUCAUCAAAAUCCAGCAACUGGACGUGACGGCAAUGGCAGCACAGCAUCAGGUAGUACUAACAAUGUCACUCAUAGUGGGUAAAUUAAUAGGCCAUUAAGCAAUAUACUACAUACAUACUAAAUGUAAACACAAAACUAAGAAAUUAAAAACAAACAAACAAAAAAAAACAUAAAACAAAAA